AUGCCCUGUGGCGAUACCUCCAAUGGACAGUCUGGUGCGGGAGCGCUGCCAUCGUCGACCUUUCAUCAGAUUACUCUGCCGAAGUACCUUGACUUGAAACAUAGUGGAGAAAUUGCCAAAAACUGGAAGCUUUGGAAGGAGAAAUAUAACAAUUAUUUUGUCAUUUCUCGUUUGGAUCGGGAAACCCCAGAGUUUCAGUUGGCGAUGUUCAAACAUACAAUCGGAGAUGAUGCAUUGAAAGUCAUCAAAACAUUCAACUACGCCGAGGGGGAGAACUCGAGUGAUUGGCGCGUUGUUAUGGGAAAAAUGGAGAAGCAUUGCAUUGGCGAAGUCAACAAAAUUUACGAACGAUACUGUUUUAAUACGCGAGACAAGCUUCCAACGGAUUUAAUCAUUGUGCUUGGAAUUAAAGAUGAGCAGACAACCAAGAAGUUACUGAGAAUGAGAGAUCUUACUCUGAAUUGUUGCAUCGACGUGUGUCGCAGUGAGGAAGUUGCUGAGUUGCAAAUGAAGUCGUUAUCUGGGCCGGUGGAUAACAUUAAUCAAGUAAAGUCAAGUUCUAAAAAGCAGCGAGCUCCAACGCCAGUGGAUGGGCAGUCGGCAAAGAAAAUUUCCUGCAAAUUUUGUGGCUAUGACCAUCAACCUGAUAGGAAGAUGUGCCCCGCAUGGGGAAAGAAGUGCAAGCGAUGCAAGGAAAAGAAUCAUUUUGCCAAGAAGUGUAAGAAAGUUCCUGUCCAUAAUAUUGAGAGCAAAGAGGAGUUAGAGGAGAUCAGCGUUGUACGAGUACAGGCUUUGAGAGGGAGAGCUGUGUAUGCGAGGAUGCUGGUUAGGCAGCAACCGGUGCAAUUUCAAGUUGAUUGUGGUGCAAGUGCAAAUAUUUUACCUCUGAGGUAUGCUGAGACGGAGGAACUCGACUUGUGUUCGCAAAUGCUUGUCAUGUGGAAUGGAACUAAAGAGACGCCUGUCGGUUCCUGUGCAUUGCCUGUUGUGAAUCCGAAAACUAAUGAGAAGUACAAGGUCCGGUUUCUAGUUGUGAAAGAGGAUUUGACCCCUCUGCUUGGCUUAAAUUCAACGCAGAAAAUGAAGCUGUUAACUGUACACAAGGAAAACUUCAUUAAUGUCGUGGAGAAUGCAAAUGAUGACCUCACAGCUAAUUACGCGGAUGUCUUUAACAAAGGUCUCAGAACACUUCCAGGAAAAGUUCACCUGCAAGUUGACUCAGAUUGCAAGCCUGUUAUCCUUCCAGCAAGAAAAGUCCCUGUGUCUGUUCGGGAGAAGUUCAAAGAAGAGCUCCAAAGGUUUGUACGUCUUAAAGUUAUCACUCCUGUUGAUGAACCGACCGAGUGGGUUAGUCCGCUUGUUGUAGCUGUAAAGAAGUCUGGCGAACUGCGUGUUUGUAUUGACCCGCGACCACUUAACACUGUCUUGAAGAGGGAACGUUAUCAAAUUCCCGUCAUUGAUGAUUUGUUGCCCAACUUGACAGAUGCACGUGUGUUUACAAAGGUUGAUUUAGCCUCUGCCUUUUGGCAUCUGGAGUUAGAUCGCGAGUCUAGUAUGCUCAUGACAUUUGCUAUGCCAUAUGGGCGAUAUCGUUGGCUCCAUUUGCCGUUUGGUCUCAGUGUUUCGAGUGAAAUUUUUCAGAAACGUCUCCAUCAAGAGUUACAAGGCCUCCGGGGUGUAAAGUGUAUUGCAGAUGAUAUUCUCAUCCAUGGCACGGGUGAGGCUGAUCAUGACAGCAAUCUAGAUGGAUUCAUGCGCAGAUGUCAGCAGAAAGGUACCAAGCUCAAUGCCGAGAAGUUAGAGUACAAGUGUAAAGAGGUUCCAUUUCAUGGGCACCUGCUAACCACAGAGGGUCUAAAGCCAGAUCCAGAGAAAGUGAGAGCAAUCGUCGAGAUGCCACGCCCAAAGGACCGAGGUGAUAUUUUACGCCUGAAUGGAAUGGUCAAUUAUCUUAGCCAUUUUCUACCCCACUUAUUUGAUGUGAUGAAGCCUCUACGAGAUCUUCCCCAUAAAGAUGCAGCAUGGUGUUGGGAUGAUUUGCAAGAGAAGGAUGGUCUGAUUUUUAAGGGAGAUAGGGUAGUGGUGCCCAAGGCUGCAAGGAGUGGUUUCCUCAAAAGUAUUCACAAUUCGCACCUUGGAGUUAAUGGUUGCCUUAACAGAAUGCGUGAGUGUCUUUAUUGGCCUGGGAUGACAGGAGAUAUCAAGAACUAUGUGUCAACAUGUGAAGCCUGCAGAGAGUACGAACAGGGUCAAAGGAAGGAAACACUCAUCAGCCACAAAGCACCUAGUCGGCUGUGGCAGUUUGUUGCAGCAGACCUAUUUGAGUUAAAUGGAAAAAGUUACCUUGUGACUGUGGACUAUUUUAGUGAUUUAUUCGAGCUCAACCAUCUGAGAAGUACAUCCUCUGUCUACGUCAUCAAGCAUUCCUGA